CUCGACAAUCCAACCAAAAAAAUAAUAAUAGGAGGACGCGGGCAGAGUGCGGUCUCUCUCCCUCUCUCUGACAAAAUCCAUGCAUCGCCGACCCAAAGCCACAUCAAGGGCGAAGGCUAAGUCCAAGUCGCUCGCCGGACAAGGAUCCGGGCAUGCGAAGAAUCCAAUUCCAGCCCAACCGACGAAGCUCCGAGGUGAGAUUCGGAGUCCUUUUGAGAAGAAGAAAGAGAGAAAGGCGGCUGUUAAAGACUCUCCGACGACUCACCUCAAGAAUGUAAAGGCUGUUGCAGACUCUCUGGCUCAAAUCCAACUAGAGGAGAAGGGUACUUGCCCAGCUUUUUCCAAGGAGGACAAAAUACCCAAAUGCAUAGUCGAGCCACGCAUAGUUUCCGAAUUGCCAUCUAGUUGUCCAAUUUGCACUAAGUUUGGCCACGCUCCUGAACAAUGUCCAUGGAGGAGACGUCUCCCCUUCGGUGUAACUCAAGUUGGCAAAGGCUAUGAAAUAUACGGGAGGCGUGUUCAUAUCCUUUGGUGUUCUUUCUGUGAUGAGAUUGGUCACCACAGGACCUCAGAAUGCCUGAAGCCGAACAAAAAGAUCGAAAAAACUAGAUUAUGGAAAGAGUUCUUCUUCCCUGAAGAUAAGGACUCUUAGGGUUCUCCCAGUCCCACCCUUUUGACCAGUGAUAUAUCAUCCUUCUGAUUUUUUAUCAAUGAUAUAUCAUCCUGCUGAUUUCUGAUUGUUGAAUCUGAGGAGGUUCCUGGGUGCAUACAUGCAGCAGUUGUUGAAUUAUCGUUUCAUUUCAGCACUCUAUAUUACAUGUUCUUAACAUGGACUCAUGUCUGACCUGGAAUACUUGAGUUAGAUAAUUCAAUCGUUGCCAUUCAUGGCUGACGGAUAAACAUAGUGUUUUCUGUGUUUAAUUUAGAGUUUGCUUUGAUUUGCAUGUAUUGGUGGUGUUUUUAAUUGAUAAUUGUUGCGAGUGACUUUGAAUGAAACUAACUAAUCAUCAACCAAAGAUGGUGGUGGUUAUUUUUCGAA